AUGUUCAUCAAAGUUGAACCGGCAGAAUUCUUCAUGUACCGGGUUAUCCUGGUGUUUGACCUGGAAGCCCCGAACUCCGAGGACCAGCAUGUCCGCGACUACAUGACCGAAUGUGAGCUAGAACCCAAGUACCAGCACAUCGGGGAUUUCGAGGGCAGCAAUUGCGAGCUCAUGCAGUUCGGGGGCUGUUACCUGGGCAGGCACCUGGGCAAGAUCUCGGAAAUCCAGCGGAACCAAGUGGAGCGGGAAAUCAUAACUGCUGAGAUCGGGUUAGCGCUGGACGACGAAGGAGACCCCGUCGUGGUCCCCGACGAUGUUCGAGAGGAGACCCUAGCUCAACUGGUCCAGGCCUUUCAUCAACCCGAAGUCUUUCAGCCAAAUGAGGAGGGCCUGUUGGAGGCGGUGCUGGACGCUCCCUCGGUGCGCCAGGCGGCGCGGGAGUUGCUGGCUGCCGCCGGUUAA